AUGGAUGAUGAUGCAUUGAACAUGCGCAAUUGGGGUUAUUAUGAACCGUCAUAUAAGGAACCACUAGGUCUCCAGCUAAUGCCGGCCAUGGUAGACCGUGAUAUGAAGCAUUUUGUGCCCAGGCGUGAUCCGAAUAACAUCAUGGUUGGUGCCAAUGGAGCCUACCAUCCACGUGAUUGUGUGGUUUCGGAUGCCCCUAUGCAUAUGAAUUAUAUGAGGGAUAGUUGGAUAAACCGGGAGAAGUAUUUAAAUAUGUUACCCCCAAAUCCUAAUUUUGUUGUUCUCCCGGAAACUUCGGGAGCUCACUCCAUGCAAAUGUUACAGCCACCUAACUCAUCAAGGGAUGAGAGGGUGAAUAGCAUUGAGGAGCCCAGUGUCAGUAAGGAAGGUAGCCAGUUGAAGAAAAGACAGGUUGGGGGUACUGCCCCCAAAACUCCCAAAGCUAAGAAACCCAGGAAGCCGAAGGAUGGUAACAAUAACACAGUUCAGCGUGUGAAGCCAGCUAAGAAAAGCGUGGAUGUCGUCAUAAAUGGGAUUGAUAUGGACAUUUCAGGUAUCCCAAUUCCAGUGUGCUCAUGUACUGGAACUCCUCAGCAAUGUUAUAGAUGGGGCUGUGGAGGAUGGCAGUCUGCAUGUUGCACCACAAAUGUCUCGAUGUAUCCUCUGCCAAUGAGUACCAAAAGACGGGGUGCAAGGAUAGCUGGAAGGAAAAUGAGUCAGGGUGCAUUUAAGAAGGUAUUGGAGAAACUCGCAGCUGAAGGUUAUAACUUUGCUAACCCAAUUGAUCUAAGGGCUCACUGGGCAAGACAUGGAACCAACAAGUUUGUCACGAUCAGGUAG